GGCAUGAUGCAUGCUCUGCACAGGUUUCUGCUUCUUCAUCUCCUGAUGUAUCUUGGACUUUACGCACUUGGGAGCGAAAUCAUAAAUGGUAGGAAGGUCCCAGAGAACUUAAUGCUGUACAUGGCCUCAGUGCAGAACAAUGGCGGUCAUGUAUGUGGAGGAUUCCUCAUCAAUGAACACUUUGUGGUCACUGCAGCGCACUGUGAGCGCUUGAAUCCCACCAGCGUCGUUCUCGGCACCCACAAUCUCCAGAAGGUUGAUAAUAACACAAUGAGAUACCGUGUAAAGACAUGCAAGUUUCCAUCUUAUGUCAAUGUCAGCAAAGGGGAUGACAUCAUGCUCCUCAAACUGUCUAGGAAAGCUGGACUGGGCACAAAAGUACAACCGAUUCCACUUCCAAACACGGAGAUUAAGGUAAAAGAUCAAUCAAAGUGCCGUGUAGCCGGAUGGGGUUUGACAAGAACUGGUGGUAAAGUUGUUGACGGCCUAGAAGAGGUGGUCGUGCCUAUCGUGAACCUGGAGGACUGCAAGAAAAAAUGGGGUCAUAUUAGAGGUAAUCUUCCUGCCAAUGUUAUCUGUGCAGGUGGAUAUGGCACCAACAAAGGAUUCUGUCAGGGUGAUUCUGGUGGUCCUCUGGUGUGCAGUGGGAAGGCUGUUGGUGUUGUGUCUUUCAACAUGAAAAAAAACUGUGACUACCCAAAUGUACCCAACGUCUAUACAAAUAUAUCAAAAUACCUUCCCUGGAUCAAAAAGAUUCUCAAGCAAAAUAAUUGUUGAAUGUAACAAUUCUUUGAUUGCAUUGCAUUGUACUGGCUCCUCUGCUGUAGAACAGCUGUCCACCUCCACAUGAGGUCAGCUGACACUGUCGCUGACUUUAAAUCUCGUCUUUAAACUCACUUUUACAGAAUGGCCUUUCUUAACGACUGACAUCCUUUCUUUCUUAUCAUGAGCUGGCUGAUAUGUUGUACGGUAAUUAUUAUUUUCAACCUCUUGCAGUUAUCUGUUCAUGCCGUAUGAAUUUACAAACUGUGUGCUUUUUGCUUGAAGAGUGCUUUAUAAAUAAAACGUAUUAUUGUGGAGGCAUUGCAGUAUUCAAGUUGCCCCGUCACUGUUUGCUCUAUAUCUGAAAUGCAAAUAAAAUGUCACUUUGA